GUGCAGAUACUGCAAGCGCAGUGACAGCGGAGGCAGCAGCGCAGGAGGUGCGGAGGGAGCAAGGUGUGACCCGGCUAUUAUGUCUGUGAACCUCAGUAAAAAUGGCGCCGCCCUGCAGGGCGCUUAUAAGGAUGUGGUGGAUGGCAAAACCAAGACUAACUGGGCCCUCUUCACCUAUGAAGGCAACAGCAACGACGUCAGACUGGCAGGGACCGGAGAUGGUGGUCUUGAAGAGUUGGUGGAUGAGCUCAGCAGUGGGAAAGUAAUGUAUGCCUUUUGCAGAGUAACAGACCCCAAUUCCGGGCUCCCCAAAUAUGUCCUCAUUAACUGGACAGGUGAAGGCGUGAAUGACGCCCGGAAAGGAGUGUGUGCCAACCAUGUCAGUACAAUGGCAAACUUCCUAAAGGGAGCUCACGUUACUGUGAACGCUCGAGCCGAUGAGGACGUGGAGCCGGAAACAAUCAUGGAGAAGGUGGCCAAAGCGUCAGGUGCCAAUUAUAACUUUCACCGGGAGAGCAACAGGGCCAACGAUGGGCCACAGGGGCCGGUGGGCUCUGUCUACCAGAAGACAAACGCAAUGUCGGAGAUUAAGCGGGUCGGAAAGGAGAAUUUCUGGGCUAAAGCCGAGAAAGAUGAAGAGCAGCGGAAAUUGGAGGAACAGCGGAAAGCAAACUUAGAAAGGGAGCGGCUGGACCGUGAGAGAAAAGAGAGGGAGCUGAAAGAGGCUGAGGAGAGAGAGAAGCGGUUCAGAGAGAGAGCAGGAGAAAUCGAUGCACAGAGGAAACAGCAGCAGGAUACAGAGAAGCCCGUGCGGAACCCCGUGCCUCAGAGCUCUGUGCAUGCGCGUGACGUGUUUCUGCAGAAAGAGCGUUCAGCUCCUAUCCCGGCGCCUGUCCAACCAGGGAAACUGCGCAGUCCCUUCUUGCAGAAGUCAACAAGCCAGGCUGAGUCUCCUCCAUCCUCCCCUGUACAUCGUGUCCAGGAACCACCUGCACCCUCUGUGUCUCGUGCUCAUCAGACACCCCCAGAAUCUCCUGUGCCUCCUGUCUCUCAUCCACCAGAACCCAUUGUCCCUGUGAAAGAACGCGUUCCUUCCCCGGAGCCUGAAGAAGAUGAGAACGUGUAUCAGGAGCCUCCUAUAGAACAGAACAUCUAUGAAGAACCGCCUACCAAGGGCUCUCUGUUAUCUCAGGAGCAGGACCCAGUGAAUGAAGCGGUUGCAGACGAGGACAGAGGGCUGUGUGCACGGGCGCUGUACGACUAUGAAGCUGCUGAUGACACUGAAAUCUCCUUUGAUCCAGACGACCUUAUCACUCAUAUCGACAUGAUCGACGAGGGCUGGUGGCGCGGUUACGGACCCAGCGGGCAUUACGGCAUGUUCCCCGCUAACUACGUGGAGCUGCUGGAGUGAUCGUAAAACAUCAAGCCGAAAGGGAGACCGGGGGACCUUCAAAGUGGAGGCUCCUAUUGCACUGAAACAACGUUACUAUGGGCUGUAACCUCAAAAAAAAGUACUUAAUGUAAUUUGUAUGUUAAACUGGGAGGCAGAUGACAUACUUAUAUGCCAAGUGUGAGUAUUCUUCUACAUAGAUAUACAGGUGUUCAUUGUAGGAUAAUAGACAAUGGCCAAUGAGAUCAGGCAUGUCAUGCUGUGUUAUACGUUAUCCUAUAUUGCGGUGGCUUCUGAUGGGAACGUUUAGGACCUAAAGCUGUGUCUUCCUUCACGUCCGUUGUGUUUCCACCACUGUCUUUUCUUUCUGCUUUUUUAAGUGCUGUGUCCUGUCAGUGCAGUUGGGAUUUGUAACAUCAUUCUUCCGCAACGCUGGAACAAUCCCCAGAACGAACAAGCCGGUUGCAACCUUAUGCCCCGAAAAUGUUGUUUUGUUCUAGGUAGAAACCACUUGAUAAUAUAAUGAAUCGCUAAAUUGAAAAUGGGGGGGAAAAAAACUUGACCAUUAUUUACUUUUUCGGAAGAUUGAAACAAAAAUCAACAAUGAAACGAUUUAUCUUAACCGCUCUGUAAUAUAAAACAUUCCUGAUGAAGAGUUACACGCUUCUGAUGCACCAUAUUCUCCUGCUGAGGAACAUCCAUUCAUUGACGUGUCCUCAUGUAGACUAAGGUCUAAACUGCCCUGGUGUGUACUCUUCUGAUCGCACUUCCAUGUAAAUCCAGAGGUCAAGGGACCAGUUUUUGGACCAAUAAUCACAAUAAUGGACCAAAACGUAUGGAAGCUCCACAAGGUUCCACCAUAUGCCCAACGAAGUGUAUCAAGAUCUUCCCUGCUGCUUUGUGUAGGUCUUGUUUGGUCAUUUUGUCCUCGCGUUGCUCCUUUUCCACUUGUGACUUAAUGUGUGAAAUGUUUAAGCCAUGUACUGUUUAUUUUAUUGGGAUUCAGAUGGUGAGAAGCUUUGGUGGUGGGCAGGUAUAUUUGCGUUUAUCUGCUAAAUUCUUCUCUGGGAUCUUCCUACGGUUUCAAAACCCGCCUGUCCUGUUUUCCCAAGGCUCUCUAACGGUAAUUUGCACACUAGAAAGAUGGGUUUAAUGCUACCGUGUUGUGCGGCUCGCUUUUAGCUGACCACUUUCCUGGGGAUCACGUAUACUUGUGUCGGCUAAGCGUGAUCUUACAAGCUCCACCUGUGAAAAUGCUUGGCCCGUCUAUUAACGGUUAAGUAAAAUUACAUCAUCUGUGAAAUCACUUAAUAAUCAUGCUGGAUGCUUUUUAUUUUUGACUUUUUUUAAUCAUUGAAAUGGGAAAUAAAGUCUUUGUAGUAA